UCAGAAAUGGAACUCAGAGCACCUUGGCAACAUCACACCCUGCGCGAUCGGCGUUGCAGUCCAGAAGCGACAUGACAGCGCACAACCGGGAAAAGAUCAGCCGCCCACUUCGGGUCUCUGCACUCUCUGGCCCGGGCAAAGGCAUCCUCCGCUAUGCCGUGUUGUUGGCGGUCUGCGGUCUCUGCUACAGCAACUCUCUGCGAGGGGAGUUCGUGCACGACGACGUAUGGGCCAUCACCAACAACCCAGACGUCAGACCUGGCUCCAGCUUGAGGAGCAUCUUCAGCAAUGACUUUUGGGGCAAAAGGAUGUCGGAUAACACCAGUCACAAGUCCUACAGACCCCUGUGCAUUCUCACCUUUAAGUUGAACAUCCUGCUGGGCGGCAUGGAGCCGUUCCACUUCCACGUGGUGAACGUGUGUCUGCACUGUGCGGUGACGGCCAUGCUCCUGCACACCUGCGAGUGCUGCGUGUUUGACGACCGACGCCUGGCCUUCCUCACCGCCCUCCUCUUCGCUGUACACCCCAUCCACACAGAGGCCGUGUCUGGCAUUGUGGGGAGGGCAGACGUGUUGGCGUGUCUGUUAUUCCUCCUGACAUUUCUCUCCUAUAUUAGGAGUGUGUCAGUGUGUGAUUCGGAGGAGGACUUCCCCCGUCUGGCGUCUGUGGGCUACCUGCUGCUGAGUCUGGCGCUGGGCACCUGUGCCAUGCUGGUCAAGGAGACGGGCAUCACCGUAUUCGGCGUCUGUGUGCUCUACGAUGCCCUGGUUUUGUGCCGCAAGCCAUUCCUCCUGCAUCUCUCCUGUUCGGGGCUGAAGGAUCUGCUGCGCCUCUGUACUCCUUUCAUCAAGCGUGCCUGUUUCAUCUCUCUCCAUGUGGUGUUCAUCAUGUGUGUGAGGCUGUGGCUGAUGGGAGGCUCCAUGCCCCUCUUCUCAGAGCAGGACAAUCCCGCCUCCUUCUCCCCGCACCUCCUCACCAGGUUCCUGACCUACUGUUACCUGCUGGCCUUCAACGCCUGGUUGCUGCUGGCGCCCAUCGUGUUGUGUUACGACUGGCAGGUGGGCAGCAUCCCCCUGGUGGAGUCGCCGUGGGAUACACGGAAUGCCACCUCCCUGCUGCUGGCACUGGGGCUGCUGGCACUCUGCCUGCACUGUGUGCUGUCCUUAGAAAGAGUGGAGAACAGAGAGCUCCUGGUGGGCCUCCUCUUCCUCAUGUUCCCCUUCAUCCCUGCCAGCAACCUCUUCUUCAGGGUGGGCUUUGUGGUGGCCGAGAGAGUCCUCUACAUGCCCAGCAUGGGCUACUGUAUCCUGGUGGUGCAUGGGCUGAACCGGCUGUGUGGUGUGGUGGGGCGCUGGGGUGCGGCGGCACUCACCCUCAUCAUGCUGCUGCUGCUGCUGCUCUUCUCCCUGAAGACCGUGCAGCAGAACCAGGUCUGGCUCUCCAGGGAGGCACUCUUCAGGUCUGGCAUCCAGACUCUGCCCCACAAUGCCAAGGUGCACUACAACUAUGCCAACUUCCUGAAGGAUUGUGGACGCAAUGAAGAGGCCAUCCAUCAUUAUAAAACUGCUCUCAGGCUGUACCCUCGGCACGCCAGUGCUAUGAACAACUUGGGCACGUUAACACGCCACCCAGAGGAAGCGGAGAGCUACUACAGGAGGGCUCUGGACAUCACCCCACAGCACAACAGGGCCCUGUUCAACCUGGGCAACCUGCUCAAAUCUCAUGGAAAAGAGGAGGAGGCGGAGCUCAGUCUGAGGGAUUCCAUCCGCUACGGGCCGCAGUUUGCUGAUGCCUACUCCAGCCUGGCCUCCCUCUAUGCGGAGCAGAGGAGAUUUGCAGAGGCCAACGAGACCUACCUCCAGGGCAUUGAGAACUGCCCUGACAAUUCAGACCUGCACAAUAAUUAUGGGGUUUUCCUAGUGGAUACUGGAGAUGGGGAGCGUGCCGCUGAGCACUACCAGCUUGCCGUGCGUCUGAAGCCUGCUCACUACGUGGCCAUGGUCAACCUGGGACGCCUCCUGCGCUCAGCCAAUGACAACAAGGAAGCCGAGACAUGGUACAAGAGAGCACUGCAGGUGACUCGUAAGGUGGACAUCUUGAGCCCUCUGGGAGCACUGUACUACAACACGGGCCGCUAUGAGGAGGCCCUGCAGGUCUACAGGGAGGCCGCGGCCCUGCAGCCCCACAGCACCGACGUCUGGCUCGCCCUGGCCCAGGUUCUGGCCAUGGCAGGCCGCAGCAAGGAGGCUGAAAAGAUGACCAUGGGUGUCAUAUCCAAGAGCUCCACUUGUAUCGAGUGUUACAGACUCCUUUCAGCCAUCUACAGCAAGCGGGGGAACCACACUGAGGCGUUAGAUGCUCUGGAUCGAGCGUUGCAGCAUAGCCCAUCAGACGACAGCAUUCGGGCGGAGCUCCACUUCUCCAAGGGCAACCAGCUGCGAGAGAUGAACCAGCUGGACCGAGCCUUUGAGAGCUACAAGCUGACAGUACAGCUUAAUCCUGACCAGUCCCAAGCUUGGAUGAACAUGGGAGGAAUACAACAUAUCAAGGGAGACUAUGCGGCGGCCAGGACAUACUACGAGCGAGCUCUACUGCUCUCACCGGGCUCCAAACUACUCAAGGAGAACCUCGCCAAGCUGGACCGCCUGGAGACCGCACGCAGGGUGAAAGAAGGAAGAGUUUAAGGUCUGCAGAGCUCUGACGUGAGCUGGUACCUAGGGGUUUGACGGCGCCACUGAGUGAAGACCAGAAGAAGCGUCUGCUGGAGAUCUACAGCCUGUCACAGCAGAGGAGGAGCAUGGCCACCAAGGGAUGUGGGUCCGUGCGUUAGGAGGACCAUGACCAACGACAGUUGAAUUGGUAACAGAAAAUGCCUGAAGAGCCAAUGAAGCGUAUGAGUCAAAGGCUCUGGAACCUAGCCUGAAUCUCUUCGAGACUUGGUCUGACCAAGAGCUUAACAAUGAUCAUUUCCCAAACGGCAUGGUUGACCCGCCUCCCUAGGUUUGCUACUGGUUGACUGGUUUCAGACAAAGUGGGUGGAGUUCUCGUUUUUUCUGGAGACUAGAAACGAUAUUUACAUUGCUCUUGGCCUGACUAGAAGCAACGCAGAAGGUGUUGCGUGACUAGGAGGGCGUGGCCUGGCUACUGGGAUCUGAUCUGGGAUGUUUUAAAUCCAAGGAAUCGGUUCAGUCUACAUCUGAUCCGACCGACCUCACGCAUCCCAUCAUGAACCAGUUUCUCUCUCAAAAGUCAUCUUAAUAACCAGACCUCCUGCUGUUGCUGUGGGGUCUUCUCUGAAGCGUGACCCUUUGAACUUUGAACUUUGACCCUUGGCCGGAACAGGACCUGAACCUCUGAGAGCCAGUCUGGCUGUGGGCGAGAGGUUGCAAUGGGUCAGCCCAUCACCAGAAACGAGGUCCAGAAGGACAUGCUGUCAUUCCUGUGGACAGACUGAAAGAAAAAAAAGAGAACCAUUGAGAGACUUUUAAGAGUGUGUGCUUUCUGCGGCGUGUGAUUGUCAGUAUACAGUAUGAAUUAUGGCCUGAAUAGGUGAUGGCACACCUUUACUGUACCUAUGUGUGCUUCUUCCUUAUGAUUAUUUUUUGUUAUUAUUGUUUGUAAAAGUUGUUAUUUUUCUGAGAGAACUUAAAGAAAUCCAUAAAAGUUUGUUACAUCCAGA